AGUGCUAUUGCAAAGCUCUUACCAUAAUACUGUCCCUUUUACGUGGCGGCGCGUUAAACACCUUGAAACAGAGAGCUCAGUGGGAAGCGAUUAUUUUCCAAACAAUGGAUUUCGAUGUUUUGCAUUUUGUUCACUCCAUUCCGUAAUCAUUAAACACACCGUGUUUAAGUAAACAUAAUGCAAUUACGGUCUCAUGAGCAAACUAACUGUCAUCUCUCUUGAUUGUAGAGUUUGUGCAAGGGGCGGAAAUAAAGCAAGAACAUCAAGCGAAACUCAUUCAUAGAACUCAUCAGAGACAAAGACUAUCUAUUCAUGUCGCCAUUUAAUAAUUCCUCCGAAGAAUCUUCGGGGGAUUCCUACUUUCUUGAGGCGUCCAUAAUAAGUGCAUUUGUUUUUCUGGUGGUACUCGCGGUUCUAAUAAUCUUCACAAAUGGCUCGGUCAUCUAUUUUGUCAUCAAAAAACAGUAUCUAAAAACGCCGACGAAUAUCAUCUUGGCAUCUCUUGCAGCUUCUGAUGUACUCGCUGGCGCUCUUGCGAUACCGCUCAUUAUAGCAUGUAAUUUCAAGUACAGUGUCUGCCUCGCUAUGGACUUGACCUCCAGGUUCAUCGCUUAUUCCACGGUGCUGCACCUUCUUAUAGGCACCUUAGACCGCUAUGUGAUGAUAGUACAUGCCAUGAAGUACAGAUGUUGGGUCACAAAGAAGAGAGCUCGCCUAGCCCUGGCAUUUAUCUGGGUGUUUUCCGCUUCUAUCACCCUCAUUCAACUCUCAUGGAUCAACAUCCUUAGCCCCAAUAACCCGUCCCCCAGCACCCUCACUAAGGAUCUCAUUUACGGACUUGUCUGCUUUGUUGUCAUCGUCGUUCUGUCACUAGCGCUCAUGGCUUUUGCACUUUGCCGUAUUUUCGUAGUGCUCCGCCGUCAGAUCCUAAAAAUAAGGAAGCAGAAGCGAUCCGUGGAGAGAUCCUGCCGCACUAGGGAAAAGCGAAUUCAGUGGAAAGCAGUCGUCAUAUUCGCUACAAUGCUGCUCGCUUUCAUGAUCUGCUGGUUCGUGUACUUUCUCGACGGGAUCAGAAACGACUUGCAAAUAGAUUUCCCCCAGAAACCUUUGUGGGCCGAGAUAGUGUUACUGUUUUUGCGGUUUACUUCAGCGCUGGUUAAUCCUCUUCUUUACACUUACAUCAAGAAAGAUUUUAAACGAGCCAUGAACUUGCCUUUUCUCAGAUUCGACCAGGGUGACCGGAUCCAGUCCUCAGGCUGUGCACAAAAUAACAGUACAGCAGGUAGCUGUCUUUAAGUCGAUAUCAGGCUCGCGGAGAUGCCUCCGAGGUGACAUCAGCCCUGCACAAAACAUAACAGUGCAGCAGGGACUUGUCUUUGAGUCGACACCAGCCCUGCGCACCACAUGGACAGUACAGCGAGGGCCUGUCUUUGAGUCGACAUCAGCCCUGCGGACAAGAAGACAGUACAGCGGGGACCUGUUUUUGGGUCGAAACCCACCCUGCGCACACCAUGUACAGUACGGCGAGUAACUGUCUUUGAGUCUACAUUAGCCCUGCGCACACCAUGUACAGUACAGCGAGGAGCUGUCUUUGAGUCUACAUUAGCCCUGCGCACACCAUGGACAGUACAGCGAGUAGCUGUCUUUGAGUCUACAUUAGCCCUGCGCACACCAUGGACAGUACAGCGAGGAGCUGUCUUUGAGUCUACAUUGGCCCUGCGCACACCAUGGACAGUACAGCGAGUAACUGUCUUUAAGUCUACAUUGGCCCUGCGCACACCAUGGACAGUACAGCGAGUAACUGUCUUUAAGUCUACAUUGGCCCUGCGCACACCAUGGACAGUACAGCGAGGAGCUGUCUUUAAGUCUACACCAGGCUGCGCACACCAUGGACAGUACAGCGAGUAACUGUCUUUAAGUCUACAUUAGCCCUGCGCACACCAUGGACAGUACAGCGAGGAGCUGUCUUUAAGUCUACACCAGGCUGCGCACACCAUGGACAGUACAGCGAGUAACUGUCUUUAAGUCUACAUUAGCCCUGCGCACACCAUGGACAGUACAGCGAGGAGCUGUCUUUAAGUCUACACCAGGCUGCGCACACCAUGGACAGUACAGCGAGUAACUGUCUUUGAGUCUACAUUGAACAAGCAAACUUUUGACCUUCCAUCACACUCUAAGUAGUAUAUGCUCGGAUUUUUGGUGGUCGUUUUGGCUGUAGAGUGGCGGUGGAAGUGCGAGUUUAUCCGUGUAAUAAUCCACAGUUUUUGGUUGUAGUUCUAGUUGUCGCUUUUCCCUCUCACGAUGCUUGGAGCUAAAAGAGUGAAACUUGUUGAUGAAUUUGAAAAGGUUCAGAGAUCUAAGGCUCGGGAUAUUAUUAGUCAGACGUUUCAACUCGUCUCCGCAAACUUUUGCGGUAGUCAUUGCGGGCAUUUAUGCUUAAAGCCGCAUUAUCACCAGUUUACUUCCGGAGGUCCGACGGAAACUUCAACGGUUAAAGACAAUAGAAUCUAUUUAAAUCCGCGCUGUUUAACAGGCCAUCCGCUCUAUAUUAUCAAUCACAUCCUCAAAGAAACUUUCAAUAGAGACACUGCUUUCACUAUUUUAUAAUAUUUUUCGCAUUUUCCGUCAGAAAACAUCGUAGAUUGAUACGUAAUCGACCGGGAGAAAACUGGUGACAAUGCGGCUUUAAAGAACUGCAACGGGUGUAAGAUAGGUCAUCCAAGUCAAAGUCAGCACGACUGUGUGAUGAUGGAGAGCUAAACUAUGUGGUCCGAGUAUUACGAAGUGGCGAAGGAGCUUAUUGUCGACUCUAACAAGGUGUGACUCUGACAAGGUGUGUGUAACCGAAUCGGGGUUAACAAUACACUCGUCCUCGAAUAACCUUAACACAUUUCGCUCCUUACGGAGGCAACAUGUCUUAUCUGUGAAGACUUACUGUUAUGGCUUGUAAUGUAUAAAUGAUUUAUUCACGCC